AUGGAUCAAUCGAUUCAAUAUGCUCAAGUGAUGUCAAAUUUCGAUUCAGUUUACAAUGUUGCCCCUAAUCUUGUGCAGCGUUCGACAAUUUUUGUACCUAAGCCCUCAUUCACAACAUAUCAAAAUCGAUCCGUAUCUCCCUCUCUAACAUCAUCAAGUACAAAAUUCAAUUUCGACUCCUAUAAUCCAAACGACUAUCAUACUAGAUCUAGUGACUAUGUAUCACCUUCAACUUCUAUAAUAAUUCAUCAUCGUCCUGUAUAUUCCCCUCCUCCUUCACCUCCUUCACAAGCGAUUUCAAAAUUACGUCAAAUUAAUGAUGAACUAUCUCAUACUCUCGCGACAUGUGAAGUAACCACCCAUCGAUCACAACUAUUACCACCACCACCCCUAUCACCACACUACCAUGUUCAUCAUCAUCCAAUACCAUAUGAGACUUUUCGUUCCCAUUCUUCAAGUGAACGUGAUUUAUCCUCAUCGUCAUCGACGGAAUCUCUACCAAUAAAAACAAAACAUAAUGCUCGAAUAAAAUACAAAGCUCAUAUUCCGCGUCGACAAACUGCUUUAUCAAAUGUAGAUCGAAUUCUUAUGUCAACCUCCGAUGCUUAUGCGUCACAUGAUCCAAUGACAAUUGACCUCUAUCCAACACGUAAUCAAGGCUUUGUUAGAAAAAUUCGAGAUCGUCCCGAUAAUCAAAUUCCAUGGCCUGCUGAUAAUUCUCCAAUACGACGAAAUUCCUUUUCAGCAGAAAAUACUCAUCGAACUCCCAGAAGAUCAUACAACGCUGACAAACCAAUACAACCAAGAAGUCGAUUAGCUAAUAGCAAAGAGCAUCCACGAUCGUCGUCUGUAAAUCCUCGCCGACGUCUUGAUAGUGCCCCGAGUCCAUUGCGUCGAUCAACUACUUCUUUCUCCAAUACGGCACCUGCAUGGCGACCAAGUGGUUCAAUUAAACGUCCUAAAUUUGUUGGUUCUCAUGCACCACCUUCGCUACCACGAGCAAGAGUUAAGGAGCCUCUCUGGAAUCCUAGUGGUACUGCAACUAAAACAAAAUAUAUUCGUGCUUUUGAUCCUGCUAGCAAACCACCAUCAACUAACGUCAGUGAGCCUACAGGUGUGUGGCGUCCAGCAUCAAAACCACUUUCUGUCAAACAUCCAAAAUACUUUGAACCAACUGUCAAACCUGAAUUGGUUACAGCCAUAAAAAAAGAAAAAGAACCUGUAUUACAACGGAAAAAAAUAAAAACAGAUGAAGUAAAAAUACCUAAUGGUAAUCCAGUAUUAAAAAGUCGUAUUGCCAAGGCAGAGAGCAAAGUUAAGUCUGCAUGGGAGGGCACUACAACGACUACUAAAGAGCCGAAACCGCCUAUUCCACGCCCUUCUAAAACAGUAACAAUAGCUAAACCGUCAAAAAUAAAAGUUAAACCUGCUCCAUCUAAACCGGUUGUAUCGUCAAAAAAUAUUGUCCCUCCACUUGAAACCAAUGUAGAUACCGGCAGAAGUUCACUAAAUAAUAUUCCAACAAAACCGCUGUUUCAAUCUACGCCAAAGAAUCAAAGUAUAACUGAUGAUGGUUUUGCUGAUGUAUUCGAUAAUGAAUCACAAGUAUUGGAAACUCCACGAAAACCAGACAUACCUCAUCAACCUCCUCAAGUUGAAAAAACACCUCCUAAUCCUCCACUAACAACUACAUCAGGAUCAGGUACGGGAACAAAACCAAUGAUGAAAACUACUGAAAUAUCACAUAUGGAUGAUGCGGAUAAUAGUCGAAUUGAUGAUCACACGCCCUCGCCUGAUUCUUCUCAAAUAAAUAAUAAUGUUGGUCAUAACGGUGAUGAUAGCGACAAUGAUGCAUUGAGUAAUCAUAGUGUGCAACCAUCAUCAAUUCCUCCUAAACCAGCAGCAUCUUUGCCAAAGCCAAACAACAAUGAUGAUGUAUCAAUUGUCGACGACGAAGAUGUUAUUCAACAUAAUGAAAGUGAUCAAAGUCUCUUAACGAAUCAAUCUGCGAAUAAUGCAACUAAACCCACAACAGAUCAUUCGAAGAUAGAUGAAACUAAUGCACCUGUGACAACAUCUCAAAUACCUCCAAAAGCUAAAACUGAAACAUCAUCGCCUAAAAAUGCUGAUCAAAAUUCAAAGGAAUCCCCAAAUACUUCGAAGAAUAAUGAUCACGAUUUGCCAAGUAAUCCUUCGUCACCUCCAGAAGCAGAUAACAUUGAUGACUAUUUUGGUUAA